AUGGCGACAGCGUUUGCCAACACGAGUGCAAGCUCCAACCUUUACCUGUAUUCCUCCGCCGUCUCGCCUUCACCCUCAAACCCUUUCCUCGCCGCGUGGGACGCAUCGCCGUCGCUCCUCUCCGUCCUCCAACUCCACCCUGUCCCGAUCCACCACCACCACCUCGUAACACGACUGAGCUCACAAGUUCCUCCUUCUGAUAGUCAUUCUUACCCAGUAAUCUCUAUAUAUUGCACUUGGGUGUCAUCUGCGGUGAAUACAAGAAAGAGUAGUGCCAGCCCGAGUCCUGGCUGUGAAUGGGCAGUUUCAGCCACUGCAGAAGAUUUUGUAUAUGUUAUACAUGAUGUCAAUACUCUACUGUCAGAAGUUCGUGGCGAUUACGUUGGACAUAUUUAUCUUCAUGCUCCUCCGAAGUUCUGGAUAUGGUGA